AUGGCAAAGCUGAUUGGUGCACAUCUAUCGAUAAGCAAGGGGAUUCAUACAAUCCAGGCACAAAUGGAAUCACUCGGACUGGACACGUGUGCAAUAUUUCUAAAGAGUCAAAGAAGAUACCUUGCACCACCAAUGAAGGAGGGUGUUGCAGAUGUGUUCAAGGCUCAUGUUCUGCAUCCAGAGCUGAUUGUUCCCCAUGGAUCCUAUCUCGUCAACUUCGGAAAUCCAAGCCUGGUAGAAAAGAGUAUGGAAUGUCUUGUUGACGACCUAGAAAGAUGCAAGUCCUUGGGAAUCAAGAUGUACAACAUGCAUCCGGGGAGUGAUAAGACAAGAGGUAAGGCAGAGUGCCUGAGAAGCAUUGGUCGUAAUGUGAACACGGCUAUAUCGAGAGUGCAGGACGUCAUUAUACUUAUGGAAAACAUGGCAGGCCAGGGCAAUGUAGUUGGAAGCACCUUUGAGGAACUAAGAGAUAUUAUAGGAGAAAUUGAAGAUAAGGAAAGAGUCGGUGUGUGCUUAGAUACAUGCCACUUAUUUGGGGCUGGAUUUGAUAUCACAACAGAAGAAAGGUUUGCAGAGGUCAUGGAAAAGUUUGACAGGGUAGUUGGACUAAGGUUUUUGAAGGCCAUGCACAUCAACGAUAGCAAAGAAGCACUGGGGUCGAAGAAGGAUAGGCAUGAAUCAAUUGGAAAAGGAAUGAUUGGCGAAAAGGCGUUCAGAUUCAUUAUGAACAGCAGAAUCUUCGACAACAUUCCAUUGAUCCUCGAGACUCCUGACCCAGAAAGAUACAAAGAAGAAGCAGAGUUCUUGAGGAACCUGAUCAAUAAAUGA